AUGGGGAAAAGCGAGAAGAAGACUGAAAAAGUGACCGAUGAGACGAAGGAGACCCAGGAGAUGAUGGAGAAGAACCCUGCCCCAGCCACUUCCUCCGAGGCCCCCGAGAAUGUCUCUGCCUCAACCUCCACUUCCAUCCCGGCCGGCGCCAGCCAACCGAGACCAGCGAAGCCAAAACUGCCUGCAGACGGGCUGCCAACCUUGGAGCCCUGGAUGAAGCAGACGGUCGUGCUGCAGCUGAAAGAGGUGAACGGAAGAGUCCCUGACAUGACCUCGGAGAUCUUCGGAAAGAAGAUGAUCCUGGAGCAGGGCUUCAGCAAAGCGGAGACGCUUUCGGUGCAGUCCUUCGCAAGAGGGAUCUUCUACAUCACCUUUGGGUCGUUCCAAGUCUGCAGACGAUACUGGGAGAUGGUAAAGACCAGUGGCCCUGAAUCCCCUUUUCGGAAGUUUGUUGCGAACUGCCCUAUAACACAGGACGAGAAGUGGGUGACGGUGGCCAUGCGGAACCCCCAUACCCAAAGCAGAGACAUAACCACCUACCUACAGAGGUUUUGCACCGUGGUAAAGGACCCAGUCCGAAUCCUUGAUGUCAACGGCUUCUGGAUAGGGAAGUGGUCUGUGCUAUGCAAGCUCAGGAAAGACCGUUCGGGGGACUUACAGCACCUGCAGGCGUGCUUCUCGCUAGGAUCAUCUGCAGGACACCUCUUCUACUCCGGGAUACCCUACAACUGCAACAGAUGUGGCCGUCCCGGACACAUGGGAAAGGAGUGUACAGAACUUGCUUGCAAGAUCUGUCGGGUUACAGGCCACGAGACCAAGGACUGUCCUAGGCCCAAAGCCUGCAACCUCUGCGGAUUGCCAGAGCACACCUUCAGGCACUGCCCCCAAAGGACCCGGACCUAUGCUGGAGCCCUGAUCCAGGGUAAACCAGCCUCCAGCUCUGGGAAGAAGCCGACCGAAAGCAAACCAAAAGAGCCUCGGAAGGCCACAGAGCUAUUCGCCCAAAGCAUCAGACGGAACCCAGAGAUCAGAGGGAUUACCACACCAGGACCGGAAAGACGGGAGGUCAAGUGUUCGCUCUACAUGGAUGACGUGACGGUGUUCUGUGCCAACCGGCGCUCCAUCGACACACUCGUCCAGACGUGCGAGGACUUCGGCCAAGCUUCAGGGGCAAAGGUCAACUGCGGGAAGUCGGAAAUCAUGCUCUUCUGA